GAUGCGGCAUCCCGGAAGCGCUCAGCUGUGGUCUCGUCUGCUCGCGCGCGUGCUUCUCUUCGUCCCUGGUCUCCUCCGUCCGGCCUGAUGGCUCACUAGGACCAUGCCGCCGCUGACACCACUGCAUGUGUUGAGGAAGAAGCAUACCUGACCUCGCCAUGUUGGUGACGGCCUACCUGGCCUUCGUCGUGCUGCUGUUUCUGUGCGCGGCUCUGGAGCUCGCCGCCCGCAAGCUGACCCCGCAGGCCGGCUCCGCCUCCGUGGUCAACCCCGCCUUCCGCCGCUUCCAGACGGUCUUCCUGCAGGCCUACCUGCUGGCUCUGUGGUCCGACUGGCUCCAGGGACCCUACCUCUACAAGCUCUACCGUCACUACAGCUUCCUGGAGUCGCAGAUCGCCAUCCUGUACGUGUGCGGCCUGGCCUCCUGCGUCCUGUUCGCUCCCGUCUCCGGCUGGCUCCCGCUGCUGCUGGGCCGCCGCCGCACCUGCCUGCUCUUCUGCCUGUCCUACUCGGCCUGCUGCCUCACCAAACUCUCCAGAGACUACUUUGUUCUGAUCGUGGGCCGCGUGCUGGGGGGUCUGUCCACGUCCCUGCUGUCCACCACCUUCGAGUCCUGGUACCUGCACCGGCACGUGGAUGUCCGGGACUUCCCCAAGGAGUGGAUCCCUGGCACCUUCGCCAAAGCCGCCACCUGGAAUCACGGGCUGGCCGUCGGCGCCGGACUGGUCGCCAACAUGCUGGCCGAGUGGCUCCGCCUGGGCCCGGUGGCUCCGUUUCUCCUGGCGGUUCCGUGCUUGGCGUGCUGCGCCUGGCUGGUGCUGACCCAGUGGGCCAGGGAAGAGGCGGACGGUGGUGCGGAAGGCGACGAGCGCCCGCCGAUCCCCGGAGCCUCCGCUCCAGCCCAGAGUCGCCUGUCUGCCAAAGCCCGGUUCUACCGCAGCUGCCACGACGGCUUGCGCUGCCUGCUGUCGGACCGGCGGGUUCUGCUUCUGGGUGGGGUCCAGGCGCUGUUCGAGAGCGUCCUCUACAUAUUCGUCUUCCUCUGGACGCCGGUCCUGGAUCCGCAUCGAGCUCCGCUGGGCAUCGUCUUCUCCUGUCUGAUGGCCGCCAGCAUGGCCGGCUCCCUCCUGUAUCGCCUGGCCACCUCCACCCGCUACCGGCUGCAGCCGGGACACCUGCUGUGUCUGGCGGUUCUGCUGGCCUUCUUCUCUUUCUUCAUGCUGACCUUCUCCACGCUGCCGGCUCAGCCCCGGCCGCACGACUCCUUCCUGGCCUUCCUUCUGCUGGAGCUGGCCUGUGGACUCUACUUCCCGGCCGUCAGCUUCCUGCAGAGCCGGGUGGUGCCGGAGGAGAAGCGGGCCGGAGUGCUGGCCUGGUUCCGGCUGCCUCUGCACCUGCUGGCCUGCCUGGGUCUGCUGGCGCUGCACGGGGAGGUGUCUGGUUCUGGAGAGGGGGAGGGGGGCAGUGGCACCAGACACAUGUUCGCCGGCUGCGCCGCCAUGAUGUUCGCGGCGCUGAUGUCCGUCGUCAGUCUCUUCACGCUGAGCCGCCACGACUCGGACCUGAGGCUGGAGGCGGACGGCUUCUGAUGGCUGGAGGCGACGAGACCUCGCUUCUGUUGCGCACCUGUGCUCUCCUGGGUGUCACGGCGUCGCGGGCCGGUGGUGAGCGGGGGGGAGGUGUGGCGGCGAUGUGUGACGCGCCUCACGGACCUGGGUUUUGGAGGGGAAGCGUGUCUCUCCUGGAACUGGGUGUGCGGGUGCACAUGAUCUCUAGAAACGUCGGCGCCACACUUGUCGUUUCUCCUUCAAUUUCUUUGCCUCAGAUUAUAUUUAUUCGCUGGAUCAAUAAAGAGACUGGGAUUCCAAGCCAGUUCGGAGUUGUGUUGAGCACCUGGGACCAAUAGAUGGCGAGUGUUGUCGUUUGGCAACCGGAGAGACGUGUACUUCACCAAAGUGACUUGCGUUCGCUGUGGCCAGGUCAAACGUAGCGCGGCGGCCCACCACUAGAUGGCGCCAUUGCUUCAGAUUGAACACGUUUGCCCAGUUUCAACGGGAGCGCGUUCCGGUGGUUGCAGGUGCGACGGUGACCAUUCACCGCCAGGCGUUCAAAGAACGAAACUGACCGUCAGACUACAGUAAAAGUGCCACUUUUAUCUUCACAACAGUUACAGAUAUACACCUUCAAGUGCCCUAGUUUGGGGUGGCCUGAGGGGGUGCUGCUCGUGAGUGUGACAUCAUCUUCAUCUGACAGCAGACCUGCUCCUGUCUCAUUAGAUCUCUGCACUCAACUGUGCAGAACAGAUUGUCCCUUCAUAAAGAGAAGAGCCAAGGGCCUCUCUUCAUCAGCACCCCCGAGUCUGAGCCUGCGGUUCUCCAGCGCUGGAGGACCCGCUGAGCCGGGUCAUUUUGGUCCGCUGGGCAGUAUUUCCUUCUCCAGUGAGGCGCCAACCCCAUGGCCACCAGCUCAGACCUGCUCCUCUGGAGUCCGUCUUGCUCAAGGGUCGAUGUGGAAGGCCAGCAGCUUCUCAGAGUGCAGGUUGUUGAGGGUCCGUAGGUCGGGCAACCGAAGCAGCAGUUUGGAGAACAGUGUGGCGUGGUCUGGGCGCCGGCGCGUCACCGCAGAGCGCAGCGAGCGGAUCAGACUGUCCUGGAGCUGCUCCACCGCACCGACAUCCGAGAUCCCUGAGAGGUCUGCGGAGGAGGCAGAGCGCGUGUCAGCUGACUCGCAUCAGACCAAGCAGGCAAGCGACUUGACCGACUGACCUGCCUCUCUCACCUGCAGACACCAGCACCACAGCCAUGAACAGCGCCAUCUCGUCUGGCUCCAGGGCCAAAGAGGCCAGCUUGUCGCUGAAGUCGAACAUGGCGUCCAGGAGGGCGCCCAUGCCCAGGGCCUGCAGCGCCGCCCGCGGGUACGUCGGUCCGUUCAGGAAGGUGACGCUGCGCUCGGCCGCGUUGAACAAGUGACAGAAGCGAACCACCAGCACCUGAGCACAGACGUUGGCUGAGAACUCUGGCGACCGCUGGUGGUGCAGCUUGCGGUUUUACCUGGAAGGUUCCAGACUUGAGCAGCAUGACUUGGUCCUGCUGACUCAGCUGCUGGAACCCCGGGAUUCCUUUGGCGAACACCACGACGUCUCUGACGGCCGGAGUGAAGCACUGGGAGAAAGCCUGCCAGACCUCCUGACUGGAGCUCUCCGGGCCGGAGACCGGGCGGGUGUUGAGCGGACAGGCCUGCCGGAGGACAGAGGUCAGCACGGAAAGCAGGCAGCCACCUCUCCUGCGAAGGCCUCCUCUCCUGCGCGUACCAACACUUGAGCGCCGGGCGCCAGCGUCCAUGGGCUCGAGCUGCUCCGGUCGUACGGCCGUGGGCUGUUUGGAGACAUGUGGUGGCUUUGGUCGGAAGUGACUGGACAUGGCCGGUAGCUGCAGGCGCCGUGCAGCUGGGAUGGCGGGAAAUGGUACGGGCGGGAGGCGUGACACUGCUUGGUGACGCUGUGCUGCCCCCUUGUGGUGGCGAAGACGUCCUGGUGUGGCCGGGAGAUGGCGCCUAUGGCCUCCUUGGCGUUGUCGUUCACCGGGCUGCCCGCGGCACUCCUCGCCUCUGACGCCGCCAUUUCAUUCAUGUAGCUCUGCAUCUCCUCCAGGAGGCGCUGUUUCUCUCGUUUGGGGAUGCGGCCAAAACGCACAGCUGUGAGGAGAAACACAGGUGAGUGUCCGCCACAUUCAGCGCGUGGACCUGGCAACAGGUGAGCGUUGAAGAAGUGGCGGUGUGGCUCCACACGCCUGCGCGGGAGGUUUGCUCCUCAGCAACACAGAGGGAAGGUUUAUUUUUAGCGCUCACGCGCUGGUCCCGCCACAGGAAGUAGGCCGGGUCCAGCGCAGCAUCUUGAGAUGCAGCACGCAGCCAAUGAGUCUGCACUGACAGGGGGUCGAGCCGCACUCAUCCGGAGGACGGAGUCCAUCCUUCUCACGAGUCAUGCUCCUGAUGUGGACCAAUCAAGUCGCCCCACUGAAUGUGUGCGAGUCCCAUCAGGAGUGCAGCAGGAAGUCAGCACCCGGGGAGGGGCUGCCCAGCUCCUGCUGUGAGAGCAGGCUGCUCUCGUUUUGGUGGCAGUUGCUGGUGGUUUUCCUGUGCUGGUGGAAAACAGGGUUUCUAGGUUGUGGUCGUGAGGUACCAGCCUCCACCCGGCGCCAGUGUCACCGAGCGUCUUCUCAAAGUCAGCAAACGCGGCCAUGAAACUCCCCAACUAGGUCAGCGCGUUCUCCCGCCGCAGGCCCGGCGCUGUUUUUCUGGGUCAACACUUUCCUUGCAACCUGCGCCCACCCAGUGCAAUCCAUCCGCCCCGACAUGCUCUCUGUUUGUUUGUCUGCCUGAGACCACCAGAAAGAAGAGGCCUCCAUGGUCUGGCGCAGAGCAGUGAGGCCAUUCGGCAGCGUUUGUUUGAGAGGCCCGGCCCGCGUUCUCCCCCUGACGGAGGAGCAAGCCUCACCGUCUCGAGACAUCCCCACCGAGAGGCACUUCUUGAAGCGGCAGUGCUGGCAGCGGUUGCGGUUCGUGCGCAUGAUCAGGCAGUUCUCGUUCUUCACGCACAUCUUGUAGUGGAUGUUCUGCUGGAUGCUGCGGCGGAAGAAGCCCUGCGACAGAGACCUCCAUCAGCUGUGCCACAGCAGGAUGAGGGUGGUGGUCAGGGGGACUCACUUUGCAGCCUUCACAGGCAUGAACCCCGUAAUGGAAGCCUGAGGCCACGUCCCCGCACACUUUGCACAGCAGAACCACCCCGCCGUUUUCUGGGGAGGAGCAGAGGGAAGUUAGAGACGGCCAGCCUCAGAUGUUCAGGGCGUGGAGCAAGGACCAACUUGUGAAUCCACACGGCCUCUUCCCUGAGGCUGGAGGCCCGCUGCUGUAGACCUCUGGAAACUGGAACACCAUCUUGGAAGGUGGGUCGCUGCAGCCCAACGCCCUCUGCUUCAACGCUCCAAUUUCCAUGAAGGAGGCCUCCUCUGGGGACGAGGGCUGCGAGGACGGGGACUGGGUCUGGUACCCGCUGGAAGGGCUGCCUGGACUGGGGCUGGAGCCCCCCGAGGAGCCUGCGUACAGGAUGACUCCUCCAGCUGGAGAGACAAGAGCCUUGAGUUCCCUGUUCAACACACUCUGUCCCGCAAGAUAAAAGAACUACUAUAUGAUCAUUUAUCAAAUCAAUAUGACCAUGUUCAUCCAGUAAGACGUACAUUUAUUCUGGGUGCAGAGGACAAGUCUUCUUUUUGUUCCAUGACUGAAGAACCACUGAACACAUAGAGACAUCUGUGGUGGAUUUACUGACAGAUGUGGGUUUCUUUCUUUUUAAGACCACAGGAAAUUUGACGUUUCUCCUCCAAUGAACUUUAUGUUACAAAUCUGACCAUUAUUUGCCAAAUUUUACACCCACCCAAAAUGAAAUAUGCCCCAAAAAAGCCCCUCAUUUCUAAACAAACAUCUUGAUCUAUUGUGGAACGUGAUCAUCAUUACUUGAACAGAAUAAAAGAUAAUGAAAAACACUCAAUUCUGACAUAGUUCAGCCCUUAUUGGUCGUGAUCCUUAUUACUACAUUCAGUGGAUGUCUUUUCUCUCCUCCUUUACUGUAUCUUCACGUCGUGUAUGGUCCUCAUGAUACGUCUCACGGAUGUACCUCCCUGUCUGUGGCGGUCUUCGUCUAUACUGUGUGAUGCCGGACUGUUGUCCACGAUUGACUCAUUUAAAAACGGUUCCAUAACGAAGCGCCACUGAACGGAGCGAGGCUGCGCAGAAACGAACUGCUGAUGCGUUCAGGGGGGUCGCGGUUGCACAGGAAGUUGCGCAGCCUCACAAGAAGAGCAAUGUUUUGUCGCUCCGCUUGCGCGCAUGCGCGGUGCCUCGGCCUCACGUGUCAACAACUCGUCUCCCUCUUCCGCGCCAAAAAUAGCUCCCUCCCAGGCACGGAGCCACCGCCGCCGUCACCGCGACACCUGACCGCCGCUCACAUGCGCGGACCUCCUGACACCGUUCCUGUCCGACAGACCCACGCACCUCUCUCUCUCUCUCACACACGCACACGUCAUCGGGCUUUGUCUCCCUCCUCUCCCUCACGCACGCGGGGUCACGUUCUUGCGGACCGCGGGGCCGUGUGUUGGUGACGCGGUGCACAAC